AUGCCCAUUUCCAAAAGUUUUCGUCUAACGUACCAACAACGCCGCAGAUUUGUUUCAACUCUGUUCGGCCUCACAUUUUUUGCGUCUGUGGUGACGGUUUCGGCAUCCAACGUGCUACCAUGUCCUGUGCGACCUGACCGGAGCCGGUACGCUGAUACGGAGGGGAAGGCAGGGGGGCAAAGUCCUGCGCCGGUGGUAGAGAGGAGGCCAAGGAGGUGGAUUCAGGAAAAACCAUCCACGGAGGACACGCCGACUUAA